AUGGCUAUGGAGAAAGCCCAGACCCAACCAAUACCAAAAGGACUGGACGCGAAACAAGUCAUCACUACUGAAGUUCUCCAAACUAGAUCUGAUCCAACAGCAGUGGCACAAAUCAGCAACCCCAACAACAACAAAACAAGCAAACAUAAGUGCAGACUUGUAUUGGACUGUGGCUCACAGAGGAGUUACAUAACUGUACGGGCUGCUUCCAAACUACAGCUAUUACCGGAUAAUGAAGACCGACUCUUAGUGUUCACGUUUGGAGAAACUAUUCCAAAGGAAAUGCCGAGCCCUUCAGUGGAAGUUGUGUUAGAAACCAAGCGUGGCACCAAAAAACAAGUAAGAGUAAAUAUCGUUCCACAUAUUACUGAGAAGUUACCGAUAGCUAAAUUUGAUCACUCAAGGGUUGAUCUAGCGGCCGAUGACGAUUCUAUUGGUGAAAAUGUGAACCUCUUAAUAGGGAACGAUUAUUAUGAAGGUUUCAGACGUCAAGAGAAGAUACAACUUAAGGAUAACCUGUAUUUGAUCGAUACUGACUUUGGUUGGCUGUAUUCUGGAGAUGAAAACCGUAAACGCACUACCCCAGAAAAUAUUCUAACUGUGACUACUUACUGCCACUGUCAUAGUUCAAGCUGCCCUUAUUUUACCGAACCGGACUUACCGCUCAGGAACAUUGAUAUUAAAUUUCUAUGGUCUCUUGAGUGUAUUGGCAUAAAUGACUCUCCAAAAGCCACUAGACAAGAGGAAGCUGUAAAACAUUUCAAUGACACCAUACAAUACAACAAUGGACGUUAUGAAGUAACGUGGCCAUGGAUUGAAUAUCCACCUCAGCUUCCUGUAAAUUUCGGCAUGGCGUUAGGAAGACUGAAGAGCUUGGUCAAUAGAUUGGAUUCAGCAACGCUGCAAGAAUAUGAUGAUAUUCUGAAGGAGCAACUAAACGGAAAUGUCAUUGAAAUAGUUGAACCACAUAGGAAUGACACCGAACACCCUGUGCACUACCUUGCUCAUCACAUUGUAAAAAAUGAAGGAAAACGCGGGAGGAUUGUGUACGAUGCUUCAAUGAGAAGCAUGGACAAGAAAAGCCUGAACGAAUGUCUGUAUAGUGGGCCCUCCAUGCUUGAGGAUCUCACAGCCCUUCUUCUGAAGUUUAGGACAAAGAAAAUAGCAAUCGUCGCCGAUGUAGAAAAGGCAUUCUUGCAGGUAGGACUUCAAGAGAAGGACCGUGAUGUGACAAGAUUUCUGUGGGCUAAAGACAUCACAAAGGACCUAACGGGAGACAAUCUGUUAUAUCUACGAUUUUGCCGAGUCCCGUUUGGCAUAAUUUCAAGUCCGUUUCUCCUGACAGCGACUAUUAGAUAUCACAUGUCACAGACAGAUGGAAACUUACUGAAGGAUAUAGCUAACAAUUGUUAUGUAGACAAUCUAGUAACUGGAGCGAACUCUGUGAAAGAAGCGCAAGAAAUUUAUGAAAAGACGAGAGAAACCUUUGGGCAAAUAUCUAUGAAUAUAAGAGAUUGGUUAUCAAAUAAUAAGGAAUUUCUUGAUCUUGUGCCUUCAGAGCAGCAAGCAAAACAUGAAAAUACAGUAAAAAUUCUUGGAUUGUCGUGGAACGUGAAAAGGGACACCGUGAAAUUAAGAAUUACUGAUCAACACUUUGACAAAGAUGCACCAGUCAACACUAAGAGGAAGGUACUUCGUACUUUAGCCCGGAUCUACGAUCCAUGUGGUUUCAUUUGCCCAUUAACCUUACCAUUGAAGGUGUUGUUUCGGAGCAUCUGUGAUCAAAAACAUAAAUGGGACACCAACCUACCGGAUGACUUGGUGCAGUCCAUGCAGGAAAUAUUGAACGUAAUAAAAACAGCAGUAAAUCUGGAAUUGCCGAGAUGUGUAACAAAUGUCAAUCCAGAGCUAGAGACAACAUACCAGUUACAUGGGUUUUCUGAUGCCUCAAAGGCUGGAUAUGCUGCUGUUAUUUAUCUAACAACAAGAAGCAACCAAGGCACAUCAAUCUCAUUCUUAAUGGGAAAGUCUAGGAUAGCCAAAGGUGAAGACACAAGUGAACUUCAUAUCCCGAAAUUAGAGCUACUGGGUUUGCUCAUAGCAAGUAGACUCUUGAAAUAUGUGAGAGAGAACCUAUCUCUUCCAAUAAGCAAGGAAAUGUUGUGGACCGAUAGUUUGGUCGUACAUGGAUGGAUGCGGUCAGAUAAAUUGUUACCGCCCUUUGUAUCAAACAGAGUAGAAGAGAUCAGAAAAAACCAAAUGGGAGCAGAGUUGUACUAUAUCAACACUAAAAUGAACCCAGCUGAUGUUGCCACAAGGCCUGACAGAUGGAGUCAAUCCAAGGAACUUUGGUUUAAUGGUCCCACAUUCUUAAAAGAGGAUGAGACAAUGUGGCCUACAGAUAGAUACUAUAUGAACCAUAUGACAGUCCUUUCUGUUGCGGAGGGCCUGGACCAGAGUGGACACAGUAGUAUACCGGAAACUGAUGAUGGUCCAGGAAAUGAGCCAAGAACUGUUGAAGCAAAUGAUAACCAACAGAUGGAAAUUGAAGACCAAAUCGACCAGUUGACAAACAAUAAUUUAAGGGACGACAUUCCAGAGAUUUACUCAGUACAGGACACACCACCUUCACUGAACUCGGCAGCUAGUACUAUAGCAGAAAUAAAGAAACUGCAAAAACUUCAUUUCGCCAACGAGAUUGCAGGAAAGGUAACACAUCUGACUAGAAAUCUUGGACUGUUUCUAGAUGUGGAUGGUGUACUGAGAUGUCAGGGACGAAUGGUCAACACCACAUGGAAUUAUGAUAUGAAACAUCCUAUAUUGCUUCCCAGAGACUGUGAAUUCACAAAAAGGAUAAUCAAGGAAACUCAUGAAAGCAAUUAUCAUGUUGGCACUACACAUACUCUUAGUCUCAUUAGAGAGAAGUACUGGAUUCCACAAGGUAAACGUCAGGUGGAACGAGUGAUCUCGAGAUGUCAGCGGUGUGUCAAACACGGCGGUGGCCCUUAUCGUCUGCCAACUGCGCCUGAUCUACCUACUGAAAGAGUGAACUAUAGCACACCAUUCACGUACUGUGGAGUAGAUUAUUUUGGACCUCUUUAUGUGAACACACCAACUGGCAAACAGAAAAGGUGGGUUGCCCUAUUCACUUGUUUAGCUGUUCGAGCCAUUCAUCUUGAGAUUGUUAACAACUUGACUGCAGAAGAAUGUCUCCUGGCACUCAGAAGAUUUGCUGCUACUAGAAACACACCACAAAGACUGUAUUCAGACAAUGCCACAUGUUUCAAACUAACAUCUGAAGUUGUUAGUAAGCCAUAUUGCAUUGAAAAGGGAAUUGAAUGGAGGUUUAUACCUCAGCUGGCUCCGUGGCAUGGUGGAUUCUAUGAACGACUGAUAGGUGUAGUGAAGCAUUCUCUAAAGCGCACUCUCGAAAAGCACCUUCUCGGAGACAGCAAGCUGUUAACUGUGUUAAAAGAGGUAGAAGCUGUAGUCAACUCAAGACCACUUACUAAAAUUGGAACCGAAGUGAUCCACAUAUUAAGACCAGCCGAUUUCCUAAGCCUGGGGAAAUGCUUAACUUUGACUCCAGCAAUGAACAGUGUUUGUACUGUAGACAGUUCCAAACUUCAAGUUAACCUAAUAGAAAGCUGGAAGAAGGGUCUGAUAGUCCUAGAGGAAUUUAAGAAAAUAUUCAUGGCACAGUACCUGACGAGUCUGAGGGAGAGAUACCAAAACUCUCCUAAACAACCAAGAAUUGUCUCUGAUUGCGAACCUAAAAUAGGGGACAUCGUUCAAAUAAAAUCAGAUCUUAAAAACCGCGAGUUAUGGAAAGUCGGGAAGAUAGCAGAGCUCAUAAGGAGUGCAGAUGGUAAACAUAGGGUCGCUAAAGUUAAAGUUGGAGACUCCAUAAUGACCCGGUCUGUAGGUCAUCUCUACCCGCUAGAGACUGAAACAGAUGACUCUCCACAAACUGGAGCGACUGAGGAGGAACAAACUGCACCACCUCUAGACACGCCAAUUGAGUAUUUGGAUCUGGAUGCUGCCCCGAGCGCAAGCGAUAGCAUACAGCCACCACAAACCAAUCCAGUACCUGAGAAUCAUGACGAGGUAUUAGUCGCUGCUGAGGAAGUAAUGAAUGUGCAAGAAUCUAUGAUGGAUACUGAGACAUCAAGAUCUGAGGAAGUUACUUCCAACCCUGACAGUAUCCUGCCGGGAACUAGAACUAAGAGGGACGCUGCUAUUCGAGCCAGAGAGAAAAUCCUGGAGUGGACGCGUCACCUGCUCACACUACUGCAAUAA